GCAAGUGAAAACGUCAAAAGUUCACAAAAACAUCAACAUGUGCAACAUUUUUGGCUAAUCGUCCUACUCGCAAACUCCGUUACAAUCUGUUUUAUUUUAAAGUGGUUUAUUGAAGAGUGAAUAAUAAAAAAUGUUACCGUUAAAAGUUAAGCCCGGACGGCGCACCGCCCCGAAAACCAUUUCGGAAAAGAUCCACGAGCAAUUUGUGCCGAAAUCGGCCCUUGCGGGAGCUUCUCAAUCGGAUGACGACGAAGAUGACACCCGGCCGCGAUUCAGCGAAUUCGACGAGAACGACGAGGAAUUGGAGCGUGCUGCCGGUGGCCGGCUCAGCGACUUCCGGAAGCAGAACAUCCGUUAUCUGGAUGCAGUGGAUCGGAAAUACCAGGGUCAGGUUUCCUCACGAAACGAUAUCUUUGAGGGGAGUGACGAAGGCGAAGAGGGGGAAUCCGGUGAAGGAAGCGAGGAAAGUGAAGAUGAUUACCAAGCGGGGGCCUUUGUGAGGCUGAAACCUCCGGCCACCGGAAGUUCCGAUGUUGAGGAAGAGGAUGAAGAGGAAUAUGAGGACGAGGAAGAUGGAACCGAUGAUGACUACGACGAAGAGGACGAAGACAACGAUUAUUCCCUGGGUGACUUUCUAGGAACCAACAGGACCGAAUCGCAAAAGCUUCUCCAGGACGAAAACCGUCAGGAAUCGGUUCAGAAGGGAAUAUGCGUUCAGAACCAGCUGAAAAUGUGGGAACGGCUGCUGGAGAUGCGAAUCAAAAUGCAGAGCAGUCUGAUUACGGCCAAUUCCUUUCCGCAUGCCCACCGGUUUAGGGAUUUAUGCCAGGACGCGAAAUUCCAAGAAGCGACCGAUAAAGUCACCUCAACAGUGGAAUCCACUCUCAGGAACCUUUUGGAAUUGCAAGAGAUUCUGGUGGAUCGCUUUCCAGAAUCCAAAAACCUGCUCCCAUCCGGUUCGAAGCGAAAGUUGAAAACGGAAUCGAAGUCCGGUGGAAAAGGCAAACUUCCUCGAUUGGACGAUUUCGAAUCAUACAUUAAGGAUUCGUACGGCAGCUACACGCCGUACCGCAAUGAGGUGCUACAGAAGUGGCACGACAGGACAAAAGUGGCUUCCAGUAGCGCCAAAACUGCUAACCUAUCGUCCCUGAGCAUAGUCAAGAAAAUAGAGAACGCCCUCCUCUCGAAAGAUGAAGCGAUUCGGAAAACGCAGCUCUACCGAGGUGGUUACAAACUGUUUGAGGGACCUAUCCAAUCCCCGACCAAGGAACAAACCGUGGAAAACACCUCAGAUCCUCAGCAAAUCUACGAUGGCGAGAUCUACGACGAUUCCGAUUUUUAUCAUGCUUUGCUGCGAGAGCUGAUUGAGUACAAAUCGAAUACCGCGGAAAAUCCCCAGGAGAUCAGCGCCAAGCUGGCCGAGCUGCAAAAGCUGCGCAACAAGAUGAAGAAGCAGGUGGACACCCGAGCCUCCAAGGGACGCAAAAUUCGGUACGUUGUGCACAAGAAGCUGGUAAAUUUUACCGCUCCUGAUGAUACCCACCAGUGGACGGAAGAGGCCAAGAAUGAGCUGUUCAGUUCGCUUUUCGGUGGAACGGCCAAUGAUUGAUGUACAUUUUGAAGUGAAUAUAUUUCAGUUAUCACCGGUUGUCCUUAA